AUGGCAGCCCUGCAGCCGCCGCCGCGCGUGCCCCACACGCACAUAGAUCGAAACCCAGUACAAUUAGCCAUAAUCUUCGCGGGCAAGCGCAAGUCGGGCAAGGACUACUGCAGCGACCGGCUCCUCGCGUUGAUCGGAGACGAGGUCGCCGAGAUCGGGCGGCUGUCCGGCCCGCUGAAAAAAGCGUAUGCCGAGGAGCACGACCUAGAUUAUGCGGAAUUACUGACGGCCUCGGCAUAUAAAGAGCAGCACCGCGCGCGCAUGAUCACGUGGGGGGAAGAAAGACGAAACGCCGACGCCGGUUUUUUCGCGAGAAAGGUGCUCGCAGCAGCUUCACGACCAAUUCUGAUCAUCUCCGACGCGCGGCGGCCGGGCGACAUCGCCUUCUUUAAAGAUAAUGUGCCGAAGGUCGUCACGGUGCGCGUCGAGGCUUCACAAGAAACACGGAAAGCGCGGGGCUGGGUCUUUUCUACAGGAGUCGACGACGCCGAGUCCGAGUGCGGCCUGGACGCUUAUGGGAAGUGGGAUAUCAUUAUAAAAAACGACGACGGCGCGGACCUGCACGAGCAUCUGGCACUGCUCACAAAAAAAGCGGCGGACGCGCUCGCGACCCAGGCGGAUAGUAUGA